UUCUAUGUUUUUCUCUAGCAUAUGCCGCUGGAGCCUUUCAGCAGCCAUGUUUGGCACCCGUGGCCGACGCGACAGCCGUCCUCGAUCGGCGGCCUCUUCGGCCGUCGGAGAGACGGCCGAUCGGCGGCUUCGAUGCGUGUGGCGGCGCUGGCCACUGGACUCGCAACCUUCCACCACACUCCGCGCGGGCUUCACGCGGGCGUGGUGCACGCUGUCAGCGCGGCGUGUGCGGAGGAAAGGCCACGCUGGUUGCGGCAGCGUGAGGAGGUGGCGUUAGCAUGGAAGCCCGAAGGAUGGGAGGAUGUGAGGUCAAAAUCAAGGACCUUCGCAGCAUGGAUAGCCCGUGGCUUCGCUUGCACACAAGCGCUGGCCGUGAGAAGUUGGGUGCUGGUGCCGCUACAGGUGCCGCUGCUGUUUGUGCUUGGGGGCUUUGGUGCUGGGACCGCUGCAUCUUGCCGCUGCAGUGUGCGCUUGGGACAAGGCGAAAGGCACCAGAGCCCCGGAGGGACUUUUUGGAGUGGGCGCAAGAAGAGUGGCCGACUUCAGCUGAGCAGCCAAGGCCGAGUACCAAGGACGUGCUUCCACUCUUCACCUUGGGCCGCAGAAACAGCGGCAUCAGUUUGUUGGUGAAGUGUCGCCAUGGGCAGCAAACGGUCAUGCAAUGGCAGAAGGAGGGCCUGAUCGCAACGCGCGUGGCUUUGCUGGUCGAAGGGCGCCUGGACGACCUGCUGCUGCGCCGCCUGCGCGAGCGCGACGGGCUGGAGGUGUCGACCCUCCGGCGCUCCGAAGGCUUGCGACACGGCUGCUUGAGCCUCUUGCAGGUUCGUGUGAAUUCGGCGCCUGUGGAGGCCGUUGCCACGCUGCGACGACGGUUCAGCGAAGAAGGGCAUCCGCUGCGAGGUCCCACUGGUGGGAAGGCGUGGAAUUCCCAGGUCACGGUCAGUGGACUUUGGAUGCCCCAGCUGAGUGCGGCAGUUCGUUGGGGUCUGGACCGCUUCAUGGAGAUGAUGGACCUGGAUGCUGAGCGGCUGCAGAGGUUUCUUUACCAAGCAGCGCGGAGCCACGUGACAUUUUUAGAGUGA